AUGGCAGGAGUGAACGGGGACCGUAAGGGAAAGAAAGACGACAAUGGGCUUGGCUCAGCUAUCGACUUUGUGCUCUCUAAUGCGAAACUGGUGCUGGGAGUCGGGGGAGCAGCCAUGCUCGGGAUCGCCACACUGGCGGUCAAAAGAAUGUACGAUCGAGCACUCAGUGCCCCAUCCAGUCCCACUAAAGCCAACCCGUCGGGACGAAGAAGCUGGGAGGAGCCGAGCUGGCUGGGGUCAUCACCACGGACACUGAACUGCGAAAUGAAGCAGAACAUCAGCCGCUCUCUACAGACGCUCCCCACCUCCUCCAGCUCCUUCAAGACAGAUUCUUUACAUCGUCUUAUGGGCCGUGGUGGUGGUCGUCCUGGUAAGGCUGAACUCCAAAAGGCACGGAUGCGCCUCUCGCUGCAGGAACACCUCUGGGUCUUCUUUCAAGAGCGAGUGGCGAUCCCUUCUGAAGAGCAGGCCGUCGCUCGCCGUGCUGCGUUGGAUAUCUGUGCAGAGCUCAGAGUCUUUCUCCAUGCUAAACUGCCUGAUAUGCCCCUUCGAGAAAUGUACCUGAGCGGAAGUCUAUAUGACGACCUUCAGGUGGUGACUGCUGACCACGCCCAGCUGAUGGUACCCAUGAUCCUUGAGAAAAAUCUCUGGUCAUCUAUUCCUGGUGAGGACACCAUCAUGAACCUUCCUGGUUUCUGGCUGGUUCGUCGGGAAAACCUUGAGUACUUCCCGCGUGGAAGCAGCUACUGGGACCGUUGCAUGGUGGGUGGCUACCUUUCCCCAAAGAGCAUCCUAGAAGUUUUCGAGAAGCUUGUCGCCGGCUCCAUCAACUGGCCCGCCAUCGGUAGCGUUUUAGAUUACAUCAUCCGACCCGUGGUCCCGUCGGAAACGCUUACGCUAGAAGUGCAGUACGAAACGGACCGUAGGCUUUAUGUGGACUUCCUCCCAUUACUUGUAAUGGAGGAUGGCGUCUCGCUGAUCGCCAAACCGCAUCGAUUGGCCGCCGAACGGCAUGAGAACCUGUGGCGUCAGAGUUUUCGUGUGGCGGAAACGGCGAAGUUACGUGCGCUCGAUCAGGAGGACGCCGGAUGCCGUGGCACGUGUCUUAAAGUCAUUAAAACUGUGUGUAAACUGAAUCCAGCGCUGGCACAACUAAGCGCAAGCCAGCUCACUAAUGCAAUCCUUCUCCUGAGCGAACAGGAGGGGGAUUGGACUCAGGAAGCGCUCGCCGAUCGUUUCAUGCAGCUGCUCCGUGCACUAGUGGGACACCUAGAGGCUGGGAGGUUACCCUGCGUCUUCAAUCUCAAAGUCAAUCUGUUCUGUGAGCUAACACCACAGGAAAUUGAUGAACUGGGAUACACACUCUACUGUGCAUUAUCUGACCCAGAGAGCCUUUUGAGAACCGUUUAGAAAACUCAUGCACAUAUGAAAGUAUUGAGUUGAUGCACAAACCAAAAUAAUGGCGAUGCUUUCAUACGUGUCUUGUUUUGAGUAGAUGAGCAACCUCAAUUGUUUUUUACACACAACCUCAUCCGUUGGUCAUUUUUUAUGUGGCCCAUCUUGCAUCAUUUCAGUGUUUUUGUCUUCUAAGUAUCAUGUGAAGUAAGGAUCAUCACAGUGAAGUAUCAUGACCACUAUAUAUUUAUCUAGUAAAGAAUCACAUUCUAACUUCAGUGAUAUUGUAUUAUUAAUUCAAGCACCGUCAUCUCUUAUGCAUUUCUGUUGUUACCCAAAAUGCGAUGCGUUUCUGAUGGUAAUUUGACAUGUUAUAUUUAUUCUGUGAAAUUCAUGAUUUUGAAGGUCUGAUUGUAUAAUAAAAUUCUUUUUAGUAAACAAAACUUUCUGAAAUAUUAAAUUAUUGGAAGGCACGUCAAAUUAAAACGGCUCUAAAAUAACUAGAGGAUUUCUAUCCAGUAUUCAAAAUCAAUUGCAAAGUGAUGAUAAAGUUUAAGAAAAAGAUCAUGUUUAUUUGAUCAUGUUUCUCCCCUUUAUUUCCUUCUUUCUCAUCAGUUUGGGAUGUUAAAAUAUGAAAAAGAUCUAUUUUACCUAAUUGCUUAUUUUCAGAUAUGUUGUCUAAAUAGGUUCUCCUGUAAAAGUUACACAGAACUGUUGAAUGGAUAUGAUGUUAUUUAUAUGGUCGACACGGGUUAUUACCACAGAUGAAGAUAGAGACCUGAAUUAAUAAUCAAAACACAUCUUUAGAAUGGCUAAACAAAGAGCAGAAGUGAUAUUUAUUUUUUAUUGUAUUAUGACCUUGCAGACCUCGUUAAAGCUCUAGAAUCAUAUAAAACAUGGAUUAAUCUUUUGAGGCUGUGGGUUAUACCGAGGGUGAACUGAAAUGUAUUGUGUGAUAUGUCAUAGAGACAUUUUAGUAUUUUUGUAUUGAUUGUACAGAUGUCACCAAAAAAGAUUUAUGUAUAUCUUGUUAUGAUCAUUCUUUGUGCUUGGAGAGUGACAUUUGUUAAAACAAAACAUACAAUAGGCUACAUCUCCGUUAUAAAAUGCCAAAACUAUUCGGAGAGAUCUUGUGUUUGUAUAUUAUGUGUGUUUAUGUAUGCUUGUGUAACCAGAACACCUGUGUCUAGCUGUGUGACGUAGCAGAAACACAUUUACCUGGCGAAUGAUGACAGGGCAGCACCGAAUCCCAAAGUAGAUGAUCUAGUAGAGUUUGGCCCUGAACUUUGCAUGUGAUGCUUGUGAACUCGUUCCUUCAUUUCCUGGUGAUUUGUAUUUUUAUUAAAACGCAAAUUGUAUAAUUUGUUCUGUGCUGCAAUACAGAGCAAAGGAUGAAAAUAAAGACGAAUGGAGUGAAA